UUAAAACCCCACGUCUCGCCCUCGACAGCUUCGCCUCUCUUCUUUUUUGUCACUAGCUGCGCUCUCCAACAACGAUGACUGUGACGUUGGAGUCGCUUGCGGUCAUAAACCCUAGCCCGAACGCUAGCCACGGUUCACUGCCAUCGAAGAAUGCUCCGAUGGUGGCGUCUCUACGGUUCGCUCCACUGCUCCGGCCUCGCGGUUACAGAGUCUCGGUUGUGGCUAAAGGCGUUUCUCCCAAAGGGCUUGGGGUGAGGUUUCUUUCUAUGGAUCGACGGAGCUCGUGGAACCUAUCGAUUGCAGCUUCCGCAGCUUCUCAUGAGGAAUCGAAUACAAAUAUUGAAGUGGAGAAGGAUAAGGAUGAUCCCAAGUUGAGGGCUGAAGAUUCACAAGAAGCUUGGCAAGAGGUUCUAGAUUCUUUCAGAGAACAAGCCUUGAAGAUGCAAAGUAUUUCCCAAGAAGCAUAUGAGAUAUACUCCAAGAAAGCAGCUAUCAUCCUAAAAGAAACUUCAGAGCAGUUGAAGAUACAAGCAGAUAAGGCGACGCAUGAUUUGAGUGUGAUAGCGAAGGAAGUUAGUGAAGAAGGUAAAGUAUAUAUAACCACAGCUGCAGAAAAUUCGCCUGAACCAGUCAAGGAGAUUGUGAAGAUAUAUACUACGUCAACGGAUGAUCUGAGUGAAAUUUCUAGAGCCCAUGACUUCCAUGUUGGGAUACCGUAUGGUCUGAUCCUUUCUCUUGGUGGCUUUCUUUCCUUCAUGCUAACGGGAAGCGUUGGUGCCAUUAGGUUUGGUGUUAUCCUUGGUGGCACUCUUUUGGCUUUAAGCAUUUCGAGUUUGAAAUCAUAUAAAAGAGGAGAACCAUCUCCUCUAGCCUUGAAAGGACAGACAGCAAUAGCAAGUAUAUUAUUUGCACUGGAGUUACGCAGGCUGUUUCAGGGUCCUUCAUUUCUGAGUUUCGUUACAACCCUUGUCAGCGGUGCUGUGGUAGCAUUCUAUGUCUACACCAUCAAUCGAGAUGGUAAAAAGCGGAGAGGCUCAAACUUGGAAAACCAGACAGAAAAUUAGUUCAAUUGGGCAAGAUGUGUUUCCUACUUGAAGCAAAAGCAAUUUAAACUUUUCCAUACGCUCCAGGUGGAGGUUUUACUGGACUACAAUAGAGCUUUUGGGAGGACCACAAAAUUUUCAGAGGCAUUAUGGUUUGACGAGGUUGCAGAAUCCUUGCCAGGGGCAAGAGAGAAUCUGGGCUUUUCUCAGAUUAGUUUGUACUUUUUUAUCCUGUUAAUUUUUUUAAUUUUUUUUUUUCUGAGCUAUCCUGUUAAUUAAUUAGGAAAUAAUACUGAUGUUACCUACCAUAUGUUGUCUACGUGCUCCCUAUUUGGGAGGUGCUAGAAAUAGUGAUUUGUUUUAUCUUUUUCUAUAGCUUUUUUGAUGACCAAUGUUUGUUAUGGUCAUGCGUGUUCUCUGCGGCUUUGCGAUGGAUAUUGCUGUCAGAUUGUUGAUCACAUUUUCUUUCAAUAAUGUAUUGUCACCAUUAAGUAUA